AUGGCAGCCAUCACUGACCGCGCGGACCCAAGUCUGCAGUACACUCUGCCCUUCCAACUUACCAAGAAGAUCUACCGGGAGGUGUAUGAUAAGAUAUCACCACAAAACCCGGACAACUCUGUCAAGGGCAAGAUCAUCCUGAUCACGGGAGGAGGGACCGGAAUAGGAGCUGCAGCGGCCAAAAUCUGGCUCCAAGCAGGAGCCGAGGGCGUGGUCAUAGUCGGACGCAGAAAGAAUGUCCUCGACGAGACCGCAGACGCCCUUGGUAGGCAGAUCUCGGGAGCGGCGAAAUCCAAAGUCCUCACCAUCUCGGCCGACAUUUCCCGCGACGAAGACACGGACAAGAUGUACAAAGAGACCAUUGACCGUUUCGGUCGCUUGCCCGAUGUCGUGCUCGCCAAUGCAGGAUGGGUGUCUCCUAUAGUGCUGUCCAACGAAGAAAAAGUUUCGACAUGGUGGAGUGUCUAUGAGGUCAACGUUCUCGGCCUACACAACACCGUGAGAAGCUAUAUCAACAGCCAACCCGACCCCAAGAACCCUACCGGUACCGUGAUCAACGUCAACUCGGGUCUUGCAGGGGUGACCGUGCCGGGCAACUCGGCAUAUGGCACAGCCAAGCUGGCCGCUCACAAGUACAUGGAAUUCGUCCACACGGAAUUUCCAACCUUGCGCGCGUUCACUCUGCUUCCCGGAGUUGUGCACACGGCUCUAAACGACCAAAAUGCCGAGUUUCUCCCCUUCGCCAAAGACCAGGCGGAGCAGACGGGAGGGUUGGCUUUGUAUCUGGCGCAGGAGAGGGCCAAUUACCUCCGCGGCUCGCUGACCAGCAUCAAUUGGGACAUUGAGGAGAUGGAGGCUCACAAGAAGGAGAUUGAACAGGACAAGGUCUUGCAAACCAAAUGGGUCACGGUCCUGCCAUGUAGCGGAGGCAGUGGGUUUGUCGACUGA